AUGUGUGAGCGCAGUCUCUACAGAGCGGGCUAUGUGGGCUCGCUCCUGAAUCUGCAGUCGCCCGACUCCUUCUACUUCUCCAACCUGCGGCCGAAUGGCGGCCAGUUGGCCGCGCUUCCCCCCAUCUCAUACCCGCGCGGCGCGCUGCCCUGGGCCACCACGCCCGCCUCCUGCGCCCCAGCGCAGCCUGCCGGUGCCACCGCCUUCGGCAGCUUCUCACAGCCCUACCUGGCUGGCUCUGGGCCUCUUGGCUUGCAGCCUCUGGGCGCCAAGGACGGACCCGAAGAGCAGGCCAAGUUUUAUACGCCAGACGCGGCCGCCGGGCCAGAGGAGCGUGGCCGUGCCAGGCCCUCCUUCGUCCCCGAGUCUAGCCUGGCCCCCGCGGCCGCUGCUCUCAAAGCGGCCAAGUACGACUACGUGGGUGUGGGCCGUGCUGCGCCGGGCUCUGCAGCCCUGCUCGAAGGGACCCCGUGCGCCGCCGGCUUCAAGGACGACGCCAAGGGCCCGCUCAACUUGAACAUGACAGUGCAGGCGGCGGGCGUCACCUCUUGCUUGCGACCUUCGCUGCCGGACGGCCUGCCGUGGGGGGCGGCCCCGGGGAGAGCCCGCAAGAAGCGGAAACCCUACACCAAGCAGCAGAUUGCGGAGCUGGAGAACGAAUUCCUCCUCAACGAAUUCAUCAACCGGCAGAAGCGCAAGGAAUUGUCCAACAGGCUUAACCUCAGCGACCAGCAGGUCAAAAUUUGGUUCCAGAACCGGCGUAUGAAGAAGAAGCGCGUGGUGCUGCGCGAGCAGGCGCUGGCGCUAUACUAG